AUAUCGACUCCAACAUAUCUAUCUCUGGACAAAGAGGCACGCCUCCCGGUAUCAUCACCUCAUACACUACAGAGGAAAAAAAUUCCUGACAACUGUACUUUGUCAUAAUGGUUGGAUACAAAACCACAAAACCACACGAAUAUCUCGUCAUCACGGGAGCGGGCAUUGACGGAGUCCGCGUAUGCAAGAAAGCCUUCGUGAAACCAUGGCAGAAAGCUUCCCGCAUUUCGCUAUUGCCAUGCAAUGUACCCUACAGCGACCGGCCAAGGACUAUUGAAAAACAUGUGUUCAAUCUGGAUGUCGUGUUCACAGUCGGACCUGAUGAUAAUCCCGAGUCAGUCAAGAGAUGCGCUCAAAUCUUGUCUCGCAAUGAAUGUCGCUUGUUGGCAGAUGAGAUCUGUGGCAGGAGCUCUACAAUACGCAACAUUGUCAAGGGAGAAGUAAACGCGACUGUUGCCCGCAUGACUAUGGAAGAAAUCUUCAAAGAGAGAGAGAUCUUCAAGGACGAAGUAAUGGGAAACAUACAGAAAGAGCUCGAGAAGUUCGGCCUUAGAGUUCAUAAUGCCAAUAUUCUAGAUAUUAGCGACUCGUAUGGAAGCUUCGACUACUUGACUUGUAUGAGCAAGAAAGUUCAGGAAGCUGCUGUUAAUCAAUCCCGUAUUGAUACCGCAGAAGCCCAGAUGAGGGGCCAAAUUGGCGAAGCAAAGAUUGACGGAUUGAAGAGGCAGGAAACAUCCAGAAUCAAAACCGAAACAGUUACCAUCGAAGCGGGCCACCAAAAGACAAGAGCAGAGGUUGAAGCGGAGCUCUCAAGACUCAAAGCAGAGCUUGAUAACAAUCUUGAACUCGCCAAGCUCACCGCGAGACGUCAGUAUGAUAUGACCGAUGCAGAACUACAGAGACAGGUCGAGGUGAGGAAGACUGAAAAAGAGCUUGAACGCCUUAGAGCAUCGGAUGUCGUCAAGAGCAAGAUAGCCCGCGAAUCCGCUCAGGAGAAGGCAGAUGCUUUCUUGUAUAAGGAGCAAAAAGAAGCCGAUGCAGCCUUGUACAAAAGAAAGUUGGAGGCAGACGCCCUCUGCUACCAGCAGAAACGAGAAGCGGAAGCUAUGCUUGAGAUGGCCAAGGCUCAUAGUGCUCUUGUGGAUGUCCUGGGAGGGCCUCAAGGGUUCUUACAAUACAAGAUGCUGGAGAGUGGCACAUAUGAGAGACUUGCAGAAGCCAACGGAAAUGCGAUCAGUGGACUCCAGCCCAAGAUUACUAUGUGGAAUACUGGUAACGGAGAUGCCUCUGAUAAUCCCAUUCGGGGCCUCAUGCAAAGUCUGCCACCGCUUCUCUCUACUAUCCAUGACCAGACAGGCAUUUCGCCGCCAUCAUGGCUUGCGCGUAUGCCCAACAAGAGCGGACAGGAAGAAAAAGAAUCUCAAGACAUCAUCCCGAAGGCAAUGCUCUUUGAUUGAGUCUAGAUCCUUUGUCGCGAUAUUGGCCGCGAACAUUUGGUUGAAACAGACGCACGACUGGGAACCUAAGUUCGCAAAGCUAAGCCAUAUCCACGUUCGUCAUGGAUUGACUUUACCUCAGUUAGUUUACCUUGAAUACUACAUUCCGUAGUAUUGGGGAGACGAAAAUGUAUUGGUGUUCUACUUGCUAGUGUAGUCAGUUCUUGAGGUUUUCUUAAUGCCAAUAAUACUCUAUC